UUUAUUGAUCAUAUUUACCAUUCACACAUUGUAGAACAUGCCAAUAUUGAUUGAAUAUUUUAUUGAUAAUGAAUAGACGUUUAACUAAAGACUUCUAUCAUUUAAUUAACAAUAUAGAAAAACUUUCUGAUGGACAGGCGAGAAUUUGUGAGUGGGAUUCUUGUGAUAUAUCGAAAUUUGUCAUAGAAGUGAGCCCAUCUGAUGGACCUUAUAAAGGCGGAAAAUUCAAAUUUAAGUUUGACGUAGUUGAAUUAUUCUACCCUAUUCUCAAACCAGAUAUUAAGUGUAUUACACCGAUUUACCAUCCAAAUAUCGACACACUGGAACCAGAUGACAAUGAUCUCAUAUCAAAUGUUUGUGUCAGUAUGUUAGAUGACUGGAAACCAGUGAAUGGACUUGAUGACUGUAUCCAAGCCUUAUUGUACCUAUUCUACCAACCAAACACAACAGACUCACUGAGACUAGCAGAUGGCGAUACAGAGAACCAGUUUUUAGAAAAUGUUCAGAGUUCCCUGAAAGGAGGAACAGUGGAAGGUUGUUAUUUCCACCCAAAUUAUGGAUGGGUAGAGAAUUCUAAACUUUGUGACGAUCUAAACCCAUAUGAAUGUCAGUCUGAACCACCGAAAAAGAAAUUAUGCAAACGAUUAUAAACUAAUUUAGAGGACAAUGCGACCAUUUGAUACAAACCUUACAAAAUAAAUACUUUACAAGUAUAACAGUUUUGACAUUUAUUAAAACAGGAAAACGUACGAGUGAGCCCCCUUCACUGCCUUGCGUUGUCCACCGUGGUAAAGUUUGUCUAACGGAAAUCAUAUCGAAACCUUCAUCACUUUUAUCAAGGUGACGAUCGGUAAACUUCGGCACCAAAACACGAAAAUUAAUUUACAGCCCAAGUUUUCGAUCAACAAUCAACGAAAUACAAUCAAAUACUUUAUGUCGAAUAUUCGUUAUGGAUUCGCAAUAAAAGUACAUGAAGCAUG